UGACAAACAGACAUUAAAAAGGGAAGACGGGAACACACAAGCAAAUAAAAAGGCGAGCUUUGAGGCAGCCGGACCAGCAGCAGUGGGAGUGACAUCAGGGCAGACAUCAAGACAGACAGCUUCUCAUAGCUUUUUCAGACUUAGCCCACAUCUUAGAGGAAGGAAUUGUGUGGCUACUCUUGCACCUCAGGGCCUUUUUACACGGACUAACCGCAGCUGGAUCUGGAUGACUGGAGACUGAUGCAGGGGAAGAUUAACAUUUUGUAACCACUGACAUUAGCAGUAAAGGGAAGCCAGAAGUCAGCAGCCAGUCAGGAGGUGGUUUUGAAAAGAUCACUGAGGAAUUUGUUAUAAUAGUCCAGCUGCAGCCUCCUGGAAUAUCUCACACAAUAUCUUCAACCCAUUUGGACAAAAGAGGGUUUGCUGAUAAGAAGUCUUAAAGGGAAUCUCGACUUUUGCUUUUUUUAAAGGUAAUUUUCAGCUUCUGGCUUCCAGUAGUCUCAUUAUUGAACUGGACACCUCAGGUUCUGCAUCAAAGCCUCUGCAGCAAGGGGUGCGUGUUUUAAAGCCUCUUUAGACUCCAUUUGGCUUGUGGGUGUCUGGGUUGCUGUGACAGGUUACGUGUGGCACACACACACACACACACACUCACACACACUCACACUCUGCAGCUGAAAGAUCAACAGUCUGUGCUGCACAUACCUGCACUGAGAGGACUAAGUGUGUGUGGUCUGAGGGACUCAGCUGCUCUAGAAAACUGAGUCAGUGCUUCCUGCCAGCAGUGAAAGGAGACAAGUCUGCACUGCUGAGUGCUCCUCAGAGAACGCGAGCAGAGCCAAGGGAUGGUGAUGAAGAUGAAACGGACUCUGUGCAGAAUCUCUUGCUUGGUAACUCUGGUGGUGGAGCUGAGCUGGAUCAACGUGGGCCACACCAUGCACAGAGAGAGAGGAAGCAGGGUAAUGAAGCAGUGGGAAGAGCAGAGGGAGAGGAAGGUGCGUUCAGCCUCCAGCCUGGAUGAGCUGCUGAGGCUCGCAAACUUCCCCGACUGGAAGUUGUGGAAGUGUCGCCUGAGACUGCAGCAGCCAGAGGCCCUCUCAUCUCCACCUUCAGUGGGCUCGCACCGCUCCACACGCUACGCUGCCGAAUCUUACAGCCUGGAGAUACUCAAAGCCAUAGAUGAAGAGUGGCAGCGGACUCAGUGCAUGCCGAGGGAAACGUGUGUCGAUGUGGCCAAGGAGCUCGGCACUGACCCCUCGAUUUUCUUCAAGCCACCUUGUGUGUCCGUCCACAGGUGCAGUGGCUGCUGCAAUCAAGAGGGCCUCACCUGCAGAAACACAACUACUGUAUUUGCCAAUAAAACUGUCCUUAGUGUGAUUCCAUUCAAGUCUGUACCAGAACCUGUGCUAAUAAAAGUAGCUAAUCACACAGAGUGCAGGUGCAUGGAGCCCGCCAUAAUACGCCGUAAUGCUCAGCCAAGGAGCAGUGGCUGCUCUCCGAUGGGCCAGCUGUCAGAGGCAGAGGACUCCAGGAGGCUUUGUGCCAGUGGGCUGAUAUGGGAUUGUUCGAGUGACAGAUGCAUACCUUACCCUUCCAGUGCACCAGACUUUCCACUCAGCUCAUGGAUGCCCGACUGCGAGAUAGAUGUGGAGCGCUGUGACUGUCUUCCUCAACCUGUGCCGACCCUCCAGCCAACACCGAACCAUCGCUGUCAACUCAACUCUUCCGUCUGUGCCCACAAGCAUCAACGUUUUGAUCAAGCCUCCUGCAGUUGCAAAUGGCCCAAGUAGAAGUCCACUGGGGAAAUAAAUUACGACAACCUGCUCGCCAAAGAUGUUUGGAGGCAGGGACAAAAGGCUCAUAAUUUAUUUACAGUCCUAUUUAUGCCGAUCACUUUAACUAAUUAAGAUAUUAACUCAC